GCCGCACCUCUCACCGCCCCAAUGCAAAAACACUGCUGAAGUGCUGAGACUAGCUUCUUCCGUGGUACCUCUGUCUCUCUGACUCUAAGCUGCCCAGUCCUCUUUCUUUUGAUUAGGAGACUUCAUACCGGCCCUGGGUUUAUUCUUAGAGCUCUCCCCACUUUAAGAUGGCUAGAGCUACAGACAAGAAGUACGACCACUUAUUCCAGCUGCUUCUGUGCGGCGACAGUUCUGUCGGUAAAACCUGUCUGAUAUCAAGAUUCGCUGAUAAUGAAUUUAGACAUACACACAUUAACACUAUUGGUAUUGACUUCAAACUGAAACUGUUUACCAUUAGAGACAAGAAGAUACGAAUGCAGAUAUGGGAUACUGCAGGACAGGAGAGAUAUGAGACACUAACUGCUCAGUACUAUAGGAAAGCUCAGGGUAUCAUUCUAGUGUAUGAUAUCACGAGAGAGGAAACCUUUAGAAAUGUGACAAAAUGGUUGCGGAAUAUAGAAGAUCAUGGUGUCAAAGGUGUAAAGAUAAUACUGAUUGGUAACAAGGUUGAUCUGGAGUCGGAAAGAAAGAUCUCUACCAGACACGGGCAAAAGUUGGCCAAUCAACACAAUAUUAAAUUCUUUGAAACAAGCGCAUGGAAGGACAUCAACGUGACUGAAGCAUUCACUGAGCUAGCAGAACAAAUAUUAGCAAAGGUGGAAUCAGGUGGAGGUAGAGACAGAGGUUCAUCAUCAAUCAGAGAGUCAGCAAUAAAACUCCAUGAGCAACAACCUACUCCAGCUACCAAAUCUCACGGCGGUUGUUGUAGCGGAGGUAGUAGUAACUGAUGGAAUAAUCACUCAAUCUUCCGUCUAAUUAUACUUAAUAUUCUUAUCGUUGUUGUUAUUAUUAUUAUUAUUAUUAUUUUGUUGUUUUAUGAUCUUGUUGUUCGUGAUUUGAGGAGAAUUUCAAAUUAAA